AGAGUCUCAUAUGCAUAUACAUGAUUAUGAAAGAGUCUCUUCGCUGAUAUAAUUUAGGCCUGCAACAACAAAAACGCGCACAUUCGUUGAUCACCGGUUGAGAGCAUUCCCAUGCCAGCUCGCUCUGUCACAUUGAACGCUCGGUUAAUUCUGUUUUUAGAAGGAAUAGAUCACUAUCGACGAGAUAUACUCACUAACAUAAUAUUUAUUGUGCUCAGGAAGAAAGUUCUUUUAGUUGUGAAAUAAAAGUCAUUUUCCCAAAAUAUCCUAUUUUUUCUUGUUCAGUUUAAUACUCAUGGAGAAACACGAAGUUGUUCCCGAUAUCAUUGACGUCGUGCCCGAGCACGUCGCCGAAAUCGCCUGGUCUGAUGACGUCAUGACAAACAUGGGCAACGAGCUGACUCCUACACAGGUGAAGUUACCACCGACAAAUAUCUCCUGGCCCUCAGAGCCUAAUGCUCUCUACACCUUGGUGUUGAUCGACCCUGAUGCUCCUUCUAGAAAGGAUAGAUCAGUGGGAGAGGUCCUCCAUUGGUUGGUCAUCAACAUACCCGGAUGUCAGGUCAACCAAGGUCAAGUUCACGCCGAGCAUAUCGGCUCAGGACCCCGUGAAGGAUCAGGUCUCCAUCGGUAUAUAUUUCUGGUCUACCGGCAACCUGGUCACAUGACCCCACCCUCGGGGGAGGAUGCCUACAGACCCCGCAACAGCGAGCGGCGAAUCAGAUGGAAUGCCAGGCGUUUCGCAUCGGAACAUGAUCUCGGCAAACCGGUGGCUGCCAACUUCUACGUCGCCCAGUACGACGAUUAUGUGCCCACAUUUUACAAAGAACUGCACGCCAAUGAUCCCCAGUAGCUGGGGACACAGCUAGUGCACCUGCCCACUUUUUUAAGUACCCCAAAAGUGCCCGUUUAACUACUAUCACCAUGAUGAAGUCAUUUUUUUAUAUCAUCAUCCCUUUUUAUGUAUCAACAUCAUCAUAUACUCACUUUCACAAUUUCCUUGACAGAAAGCAACACAUGGGAGACAAUUCAUUUUCAUUGAUGAUAUUUAAACUUAUUUCUCAUGCUUAAAAUCUUUAAUACCUCACACACAAGAGUUAAUAAAAACCAAUAUAAUCGUUUGCCAGUAUCAAAAUAUUCGCAAUGUAUCUUGAUUUGUCAAUAGAUAUGCUUUAUUACCUGUACAUUCGUAAGCAUAACAAAUAGCUGUAAUAAAUACUGAUCAAAGACUUCAUUGGAA